UUUCAUUUAAUGUUUAUUAGUGAGAUAUAUCAAUAAACCGGUUCAAAAAUUUACGAUUGUUUGUGAAAAAUGUUGUUAAAUAUGAAUUUUAUUGUAAAGGCAUUGUUAGGGCUGUGCUUAGUGAAUUCAGCUUUUAGUGCUCGAAUAUUAUUCGUAAUGAUAGCUCCAUCAUUAAGUCAUCAUAUAUUUUUUCGACAUCUAAUCAAAGAGCUAUCAUUCCGAGGUCAUGAUGUUGUGUCCAUUUCUCCAGAUCCUAUGAAUGAUCCAAAAUUAACAAAUAUAACAGAAAUUGAUAUUCAUACGGAGACUUAUGAUGCUUUCGAUGCAAGAAAAUGGCUAGAAACCGUUCAAUAUAAUAAACCUUCAUCGGAAAUAAGUCUAAUGCGAUCAUUUUUACCACUAUUCUACACACAAGCUGAUAAUGUAUUAAGUGCACCCAAAGUUCAAGAAUUAAUUCAAAACAAAAAUGAACAUUUUGACUUGGUUAUUGUGGAAAUGUUAAUGUUUAACGCUCACCUUUUUGCUUUACGGGAACGAUUUAAUUGUCCUGCUAUUGGUUUGGCAUCUUUGGAUACUAGUCUGAAUGCUAUGGAUGCAAUUGGCAAUCCGACAGAUCCAAAUUAUUAUGGAAGCUUUUUUACCGAGUUUUCGGGUGGAAAUUUAAGUUUUUGGGAACGUUUACAAUUGUUGUGGCAUCACAUUGAUUUUCGAUUGUAUUAUUAUUUAGAAUAUUUACCUAUCAGUGACGCAAUGAUUGCAAAACAUUUUAACAUAACUGAUAAAACAGCGUGGGAUUUGGAAAAGUCUGUGGAUUUAAUACUUACCAAUACAAAUCCCAUAUUUCACAUACCUAGACCAAAAGUUCCAAAUUACAUUGAUAUUGGUGGAAUGCACAUGAGAGAACGAAAACCAUUACCAAAGGAUUUAAAACAGUUUCUGGAUGAUUCGAAACAAGGUGUUAUUUACUUUAGUUUGGGAUCCAAUGUAAAAAGUACAAAUUUACCAGCUGAAAAAAGGGCUGCUAUUCUUAAUGUAUUCAGACAAUUGCCCUAUAAUAUUUUAUGGAAAUGGGAAAAUGAUACUUUACCUGAUAAACCUGCUAAUGUUUUAAUCAAAUCUUGGCUCCCCCAACAAGACGUAUUAGAUCACCCAAAUUUGAAAGCAUUUAUCACUCAAGGUGGUAUACAAUCCAUGGAAGAAGCUAUUCGAAGCAACGUACCACUAAUUUGUAUGCCCUUUGGUGGUGACCAAAAAUUCAAUGCUCGUCGAAUUGCCGAUUUAGGAAUUGGUCGACGUUUACCUUUUGAUGAUAUAACUGCCGACACAUUCCUGGAUGCUAUAACUGACGUAGCUUCCAAUCCAAAAUAUAAGAAAAGUAUUACAAAAUUAGCUUCAGUUUUAUGGGACCAACCUACAAAGCCUUUAGAUCGUGCUGUUUGGUGGGUUGAAUAUGUAAUUCGACAUGGUGGAGCUAAACACUUACGUUCUCCUGCAGCUGAUUUUCCAUGGUAUAAAUAUUUAAUGCUCGACAUUAUUGGUUUUAUUUUAGCGGUAGUAAUUAUCGCUUUAAUUGUAAUUAUUAAAGUAAUUAAAUUGCUGUUUCGAAUUAUUCCUUUAAAAAAAAUUAAGCUCAAGGAACAGUAAGUUUUGUCCAUAGCACAUUGAAUAUAAUUUGUAUUUUUACAUAUUUCUAAUGUCAUUGGCCAAAUGAAAAUGGUUCAAAAAUGAAAGUCUAUUGUAGAACGGCUAAUUUGAAUGAAAAAAUUGGGAAUUUUUUAUAGAAAUUUUUUCCCAUACAUCUUUUUCUCAAAAAUUCAAAAUUUGGAACAAAUGUUUUAGUUGUUGAGUAGUUAAGAACCCACUAAUAAGAAUAGUGGUCUUGUUAUCUGUGAUAAAAAAUAAAUAUAAUAAAUUUAAUUUUUU